AUGGACGUGGACAUGGUCAUGGACGUGGACGUGGACGUGGACGUGGACGAGGACGUGGACGUGGACGUGGACGUGGACGUAGAAAUGGACGUGGACGUGGACGUGGACGUGGACGUGGACGUGGACGUGGACAUGGACGUGGACGAGGACGUGGACGAGGACGUGGACGUGGACGUGGACGUGGACGUGGACGUGGACAUGGACGUGGACGUGGACAUGGACGUGGACGUGGACGUGGACGUGGACGUGGACGUGUACGUGGACGUGGACGUGGACGUGGACGUGGACGUGGACGUGGACGUGGUCGUAGACGUGGACGUGGACGUGGACUUGGACGUGGACAUGGACGUGGACGUGGACGUGGACGUGGACGUGUACGUGGACAUGAACGUGGACGUGGACGUGGACGUGGACGUGGACGUGGACAUGGACGUGGACAUGGUCAUGGACGUGGACGUGGACGUGGACGUGGACGUGUACGUGGACAUGAACGUGGACGUGGACGUGGACGUGGACGUGGACGUGGACAUGGACGUGGACAUGGUCAUGGACGUGGACGUGGACGUGUACGUGGACGUGGACGUGGACGUGUACGUGGACGUGUACGUGGACGUGGACGUGGAGUGGACGUGGACGUGGACAUGGACACGUGGACGUGGACGUGGACGUGGACGUGGACGUGGACAUGGAGGUGGACAUGGACGUGGACAUGGAGGUGGACGUGGUGGACGACGUGGACGUGGACGUGGACGUGGACAUGGACGUGGACGUGGACAUGGACGUGGACGUGGACGUGGACGUGGACGUGGACGUGGACGUGGACGUGGACGUGGACGUGGACGUGGACGUGGACGUGGACGUGGUCGUGGACGUGGACGUGGACGUGGACUUGGACGUGGACGUGGACGUGGACGUGGACGUGGACGUGUACGUGGACAUGAACGUGGACGUGGACGUGGACGUGGACAUGAACGUGGACGUGGACGUGGACGUGGACGUGGACGUGGACAUGGACGUGGACAUGGUCAUGGACGUGGACGUGGACGUGGACGUGGACGUGUACGUGGACAUGAACGUGGACGUGGACGUGGACGUGGACGUGGACGUGGACAUGGACGUGGACGUGGACAUGGACGUGGACGUGGACGUGGACGUGGACGUGGACGUGGACAUGGACGUGGACGUGGACGUGGACGUGGACAUGGACGUGGACGUGGACGUGGACGUGGACGUGGACGUGGACGUGGACGUGGACGUGGACGUGGACGUGGACAUGAACGUGGACGUGGACGUGGACGUGGACAUGGACGUGGACGUGGACGUGGACGUGGACGUGGACGUGGACGUGGACGUGGACGUGGACGUGGACGUGGACAUGGACGUGGACGUGGACGUGGACGUGGACGUGGACAUGGACGUGGACGUGGACGUGGACAUGGACGUGGACGUGGACAUGGACGUGGACGUGGACGUGGACGUGGACAUGGACGUGGACGUGGACAUGGACGUGGACGUGGACGUGGACGUGGACGUGGACAUGGACGUGGACGUGGACGUGGACGUGGACGUGGACAUGGACGUGGACGUGGACGUGGACGUGGACGUGGACGUGGACAUGGACGUGGACGUGGACGUGGACGUGGACGUGGACAUGGACGUGGACGUGGACGUGGACGUGGACGUGGACAUGGACGUGGACGUGGACAUGGACGUGGACGUGGACAUGGACGUGGACGUGGACGUGGACGUGGACAUGGACGUGGACGUGGACGUGGACAUGGACGUGGACGUGGACGUGGACGUGGACGUGGACGUGGACGUGGACGUGGACGUGGACGUGGACGUGGACGUGGACGUGGACGUGACGUGGACGUGGACAUGGACGUGGACAUGGACGUGGACUUGGACGUGGACGUGGACAUGGACGUGGACGUGGACAUGGACGUGGACGUGGACGUGGACGUGGACGUGGACGUGGACAUGGACGUGGACGUGGACGUGGACAUGGACGUGGACAUGGACGUGGACAUGGACGUGGACAUGGACGUGGACGUGGACGUGGACGUGGACGUGGACGUGGACGUGGACGUGGACAUGGACGUGGACAUGGACGUGGACAUGGACAUGGACGUGGACGUGGACGUGGACGUGGACGUGGACGUGGACGUGGACAUGGACGUGGACGUGGACGUGGACGUGGACGUGGACGUGGACAUGGACGUGGACGUGGACGUGGACGUGGACGUGGACGUGGACGUGGACGUGGACGUGGACAUGGACGUGGACGUGGACGUGGACGUGGACAUGGACGUGGACGUGGACGUGGACGUGGACGUGGACGUGGACGUGGACGUGGACGUGGACGUGGACGUGGACGUGGACAUGGACGUGGACGUGGACGUGGACGUGGACAUGGACGUGGACGUGGACGUGGACGUGGACGUGGACGUGGACGUGGACGUGGACGUGGACGUGGACGUGGACGUGGACAUGGACGUGGACGUGGACGUGGACAUGGACGUGGACGUGGACGUGGACGUGGACAUGGACGUGGACGUGGACGUGGACAUGGACGUGGACGUGGACGUGGACGUGGACGUGGACGUGGACGUGGACAUGGACGUGGACGUGGACAUGGACGUGGACGUGGACGUGGACGUGGACGUGGACGUGGACGUGGACGUGGACGUGGACAUGGACGUGGACGUGGACAUGGACGUGGACGUGGACGUGGACGUGGACGUGGACAUGGACGUGGACGUGGACGUGGACGUGGACGUGGACAUGGACGUGGACGUGGACGUGGACGUGGACGUGGACGUGGACAUGGACGUGGACGUGGACGUGGACGUGGACGUGGACAUGGACGUGGACGUGGACGUGGACGUGGACGUGGACAUGGACGUGGACGUGGACAUGGACGUGGACGUGGACAUGGACGUGGACGUGGACGUGGACAUGGACGUGGACGUGGACAUGGACGUGGACGUGGACGUGGACGUGGACGUGGACGUGGACGUGGACGUGGACGUGGACGUGGACGUGGACGUGGACGUGGACGUGGACGUGACGUGGACGUGGACGUGGACGUGGACAUGGACGUGGACGUGGACGUGGACGUGGACAUGGACGUGGACGUGGACAUGGACGUGGACGUGGACGUGGACAUGGACGUGGACAUGGACGUGGACGUGGACGUGGACAUGGACGUGGACGUGGACGUGGACAUGGACGUGGACAUGGACGUGGACGUGGACGUGGACGUGGACGUGGACGUGGACGUGGACGUGGACGUGGACAUGGACGUGGACGUGGACGUGGACGUGGACGUGGACGUGGACGUGGACGUGGACGUGGAAAUGGACGUGGACGUGGACGUGGACGUGGACAUGGACGUGGACGUGGACGUGGACGUGGACGUGGACAUGGACGUGGACGUGGACAUGGACGUGGACGUGGACGUGGACGUGGACAUGGACGUGGACGUGGACGUGGACGUGGACAUGGACGUGGACGUGGACGUGGACAUGGACGUGGACGUGGACGUGGACGUGGACGUGGACAUGGACGUGGACAUGGACGUGGACGUGGACGUGGACGUGGACGUGGAAUGGACGUGGACGUGGACGUGGACAUGGACAUGGACGUGGACGUGGACGUGGACGUGGACGUGGACGUGGACAUGGACGUGGACGUGGACAUGGACGUGGACGUGGACGUGGACGUGGACAUGGACGUGGACGUGGACGUGGACGUGGACGUGGACGUGGACGUGGACGUGGACGUGGACGUGGACAUGGACGUGGACAUGGACGUGGACGUGGACGUGGACGUGGACGUGGACGUGGACGUGGACAUGGACGUGGACGUGGACGUGGACGUGGACGUGGACGUGGAAAUGGACGUGGACGUGGACGUGGACAUGGACGUGGACGUGGACGUGGACAUGGACGUGGACGUGGACGUGGACGUGGAAAUGGACGUGGACGUGGACGUGGACGUGGACGUGGACGUGGACGUGGACGUGGACAUGGACGUGGACAUGGACGUGGACAUGGACGUUGA